AUCGGAAGUAUUUGCGAGCGAGAGGAACAGAUCCAUGGGUAAACGUUAGCGCGCAGUGGUUAACCUUAGCCUUAAAGGAAAAUUAACAUAAAACAUAAAGUGAUUUCUGAAAACACAGAAGCGUAUUGUGUACUGUGGUUAGGUAUUCAGACGGAGGUAGUCUGUCUCGUGAAUCUUCGCAACUACCAGAUUUUAGAUCGCCUGGACUGUUGUAAAAGAUGAGUGGCCAUGCAGAUGCCAACAAAGAGUUUAUGGAGCAGCUGCGGAUGCAGGAACUCUACGGCCAGAGAAAUGAAGAUGGCUCUGACCCGUACAGCUACACUGACCCAGAGGAUGGGACCGUGUAUGACUGGGACCAUGAAAAGAAGGCCUGGUUCCCUAAAAUAACAGACGACUUCAUUGCAGCCUACCAGGCCAACUAUGGCUUCAGUCAGGAAGGAGAUCCAGAUGUCGACAAAGCUGCAGUGAGCAGCACUGAGCCAGCAGACCCCAAAACAAACAGCAAACACUCUGAAAGGGAGAAACCAGGAGAUGCCGCCCAGAACCUGAACACAGGCCAGCAAGAGACCCCAGCUAAAGAAGCUAAGCAGAAAGGGGAGAAGAGGAAAGCAGAGCCAGGAUGGUUUGAUAUUGACGACAACAAAAACACCAAUGUCUACGUAUCAGGUCUGCCUCCUGACAUCAGCACUGAGGAGUUUAUUGAGCUGAUGUCCAAGUGCGGCAUUGUGAUGCGGGAUCCCAUCACCGAAGAGUACAAGGUCAAACUGUACAAGGACAAAGAGGGAAAUCUGAAGGGAGACGGCCUCUGCUGCUAUCUAAAGAAGGAGUCAGUGGCAUUGGCUAUGCGUCUGAUUGACGAGUCAGAGGUCCGAGGUUACAGACUCCACGUGGAAGCAGCAAAGUUUGAGCUUAAGGGCCAGUACGACUCCAGCAAGAAGAAGAAGAAGACCAAAGAGUAUAGGAAGAAGAUGCAGCAGCAACAGAAACAGUUGGACUGGAGACCAGAGAAGCAAGGAGAAGUGAGGAAGAGGCAUGAAAAAGUUGUCAUCAUCAGGAACAUGUUCCAUCCCAGUGACUUUGAGGAAGACCCACUGGAGUUGAAUGAGUAUCGCGAGGAUCUGCGGACAGAGUGUGAGAAGUUCGGGGAGGUCAAGAAGGUCAUCCUCUUCGAUAGACACCCAGACGGCGUGGCAUCAGUCUCAUUUAAGGAGCCCGAUCAAGCCGAUGCAUGCAUUCAGUCGUUCAAUGGUCGCUGGUUUGGAGGGAGGCAGCUGAUCGCUCUGCCUUGGGACGGAACGACAGACUAUCAGGUGGAGGAGACAACACGUGAGCGGGAGGAGCGACUUAAGGGUUGGUCUGCUUUCCUUGAGGGAGACAAACAAGGCCAACCGAACAACACCGCCAAGCCAGCAGGGGGCGGAGCCACCACUACAGAACCCCCAGAACCCUCCAGCACCACAGAGUCCGAACAGCACCCAAAAACAGAACCACAGGCAGAGGAAGCAGACUCUACAGACAGCAGCCUGGCAGGAAGCGAUGACGAGGAAGCCUAAGUACUCACAUGCACAUCUUUGGUCCCCGAAGCUACCAAUCAGGACAGUCGUGCUUGGAUUUGAACUGUGGCAAAGCUCUGCGUCGAGCAGGCAAGGAGGAGACCUCGGCAACUUUGAGCUGUUUUGUAAUGUAGAAAAAUAAAAUUAUGAUUUUGUCUACCCAAUUUCCAUCUUUUGGUUUACAUUGUAGUUAGACUGCACUUGAAAAGCACAUCACAGCUUUUCCUGGAUUUCAAUGUGUCAGUUUGUUUCUAGUUUUGUGCUGAUAACCCUAAAAUAUUAAUGAAUUACUGAAACUGUAUUGAAUUUGAGUUGUAGAAGAUUGUUCUCUGUCAGUACUCAUUACAUUUUAUGUUAAAUGCCCUAAA